AUGGCCUUAAACAACUCCCAGCCUCCUUACGUGAACCCGGUCGUCCCCUUCUCUGGGCAAAUCCUCGGGGGCCUCCAGGAUGGACUUAAAAUCACUCUCAUGGGGACUGUUCUUUACAACAAUGGAACCAGGUUUGCUGUGAACUUUCAUUCCGGCCCCAGCGACAAUGACAUCGCCUUCCACUUCAAUCCACGGUUUGAAGAGGGCGGGUACGUGGUCUGCAACACGAAGCAGAACAGAAGCUGGGGGACAGAGGAGAGGAAGAUGCACAUGCCGUUCCAGAUGGGAAUUCCCUUUGAGCUCUGCUUCCUCGUGAACAGCUGCGAUUUCAAGGUGACGGUGAACGGGAACCAUUUUCUGCAGUACUCCCACCGUGUGCCCUUCCACCGCGUGGACACCAUCUCUGUCAGCGGCGCUGUGAACCUGUCUUACAUUGGCUUCCAGAACACGCGAGCAGCCCCCAUCCAGCCCAUCUUCUCCGGGGUGCAGUUCUCGCAGACUGCUUGUUUCCCACCCAGGCCCAGAGGCCGAAAGCCAAAAUCUCCGGGCGUAUGGCCAGCCAACACGGCUCCUGUGACUCAAACUGUCAUCCACACCAUGCACAGCACCCCCGGACAGAUGUUCCCUAAUUCCAUCAUCCCACCGGUGGUGUUACCCAAUCCAGCCUACCCGAUGCCUUUCUUCACCUCCAUCCCGGGCGGGCUGUACCCCUCCAGAAACAUCUUUGUGUCCGGCACCGUCCUGCCCAGUGCCCAGAGAUUCCACAUCAACCUGCGCUCUGGGAGCGACAUUGCCUUCCACCUGAACCCCCGUUUCGAUGAGAACGUCGUGGUCCGCAACACGCAGAUCAACAGCUCGUGGGGGUCCGAGGAACGAAGCCUGCCCCGAAAGAUGCCUUUCACCCGAGGCCAGAGCUUCUCGGUGUGGAUCAUGUGUGAAAGCCACUGCCUCAAAGUGUCCGUGGACGGCCAGCACCUGUUUGAGUACUACCACCGCAUGAAGAACCUCCCUGCCAUCAACAGCCUGGAGGUGGCAGGCGACGUCCAGCUGACCCACGUGCAGACCUAGGCGGGCCUCGUAGCCCCGGGGAUAGGGCUGGGGUGUGCCGCUGUCCGCUCUGCUCAAUACCUGCACCGCCGUGUCCCUGCCCCGGCCUUUCCCCGCCGGCUGACCAUCUGGGGGCUUUUCUGGAGAGACUGUGCUCUUGUCUGGCCUGCUGCAGGCCGCAGCCACCCAUGGGGGGGGCGAGGGCCGCUGGCGGGGGCCGUCUUCCUCACGCAGGGCGGUGCCUGGGGCGCCCUGAUCCUACCUUCCGAGGAGAGGAGGGUGGCGUCUGCGAGCUAAGCCCUACGUUCAUUCCCCUUGGCAGAAAGGGACCAGGCUGCACCCCUUCUGCCCCUCAGUCACCACCCCGGACCCCCGGUCAACUCCGCGCCAGCCCCAAGCUGUCCAUUCUGGUGGGAAGCUGUCUCCUGGGCCCCUCCCCUUUCUCCUGCCCUUAACCUUGCCUUGCACCCGGCUCCAGGAGAGAUGCCGAGGACGCUCGCCUGGUCCCCCCCAGCCAACAGGUCCUUUCCGGACAUCUUUCAAAGAAAGAAAGACAAACGCUUAUCAGCACGUGCGCA